ACUGAUAUAACCUCCUCUGCUGGUUUUAUGGACAUCGUUGGCAUUAACAAGACUGGGGACAAUUUCUGCUUGAUCUGUGACACCAAAGGUUGCUUUGCUGCUCAUCAGAUUACGCCUAAGGAGGCCACUUAUAAGUUGUGCAAAAUGAGAAAGAUCUUUGUGGGAAUGAAAGGAAUCUCUCAUCUGGUGCCGCAUGAUGCUUAUACCACCCACUAUUCUGAUCCCCUCAUCAAGGUGAAUGGCACCACUCGGAUUAAUUUGGAGGCUGGAAAGAUUACUGAUUUCAUCAAGUUUGAUACUGGUCAUCUGUGUGUAGUGACCAGAGGUGCUAACAUGGAAAGAAUUUAUGUCAUCACCGACAGAGAGAGACAAACUGGUUCUUUUGGUGUAGUUCACAUGAAAAAUGCCAAUGGCAACAGCUUUGCUACUCGGCUCUCUACCAUUUUUGCUAUUGGCAAAGGCAACAAACCAUGGAUUUCUCUUCCCUGCAGAAAGCGUUCCUGCCUCACAAUUGCUGAGGAGAGAGACAAGAGACUGGCAGCCAAAUAGAGUAUUGGGUAAAAUGGUUUCCAGGUGAUGUGAUUGGAAGUCUUCAUACUUACUAUAUGUGAUCUUAGCCAAAAGGCCGAGAAGCGAUGGAAGUCUUCAUACUUAAUUAAACAUAAUAGAGCGUGAUUAAAAAUAAUACUAAAAAAUAAAAACGCAUCACAAUGUGUGCUGUGCAUGGUAGGGGGGUACAACCACGAGCACAGCGGAUACUUGGAAUCCCUGCCUUCCCAGAACCAGCAGGGCAGGUCCACUGCAGGGCAUGUGCCUGCAGACAGGUGAUUACAAUGAACACAGAAGUGCUUUGAUGGGAAAUAGAGCGUGCAACGGACGCCCCACACUCUUCCUCCCUGCACUGCUUGGUUACCUAUUGCCCCUCCCUUCCUUUCCCUUCCCCACCACAGAAUCCAGCACAUCACUAGGCUCAUUCAAUUCCACUUCCUAAAUAGCUCUCAAAUCUCUUCAAUUGUCUUCUUCCCACAGUCUUUCUUCCUAGGAAAGGAAAGCUGAACCAUUUUUAAGCAUUCACAAAAUUCUAAAACUCUGAUUGCAGGAGAUUAUUAUAGUAAUCUGUGCUUGAAAAGAUGGACAGCAGAGUAGGGAAGAGAUAGUGAGGAUGACAUGGAAGGAGAAGGGGAUAAGACAUUAGAAAGAGCCCUGCAGAAACCCAAUGUUGUAAAGAAAUUACAAAGUAGAUUGAGAAGUGGAGAGAGUUAAGUAGAAAAUCGGCAGAGUGCACUGUCAUGGAAACCAAAGGAAGAGUUUCCAGCAGGAAAAAAUUGGUCAAAGGUGUCAAUACUGCCAAGAGAUCAAAUAAUAUAGGAGCUGAGAAGAGAACAGUAGAUGCAGCAAAGUUCGUCACUUGAGAUGAGUUUUUCAAAAUCAAAGUAUUGAAUGCCUAUUAGAUGCGGGGGAGCCUUUUUAAAGGACGCAGAGAUUUGCAGAUCCGAGUUGCUGUUUUCCAGAGGCUAAUCAUGGAGUUUACAAGCAAAAUUGCAAAGGCACCAGAAAUAUCCCCUCCCUCUUCUGUAGCCAAAAAACUUGUAAAUACUACAGUACAUAAUAAGCCAAAUGAGUGGUACAGACAUAUCCUGUUC